UAUGGCAUUGCGUUGGCAUCCGUAUUGGAUUGUUUAUCCUGGUGAUGUUCACUGGGUGAUAGACCAAAUCAACUGGCCACAGCAACUAAAGCUGGGAGUGGGAAGAUGAACGAUCUGUGAAGGUAGUUUGGGAAAACGUACCGUUGGAUUACUUGUUAAAUAAUCAUUAUUCAUCAUGAACGUGGGCUUUGCACUCGUUCUCCUCUGGUCUCUCCCAAUAACCAAUGUGCUUGCAGAGCUGCCACAACCUCAGAACCUGACUCUGCUCACCCUGAACACACAGUACGUACUGACGUGGGACUGGGACCAGACGACCACAGGCAACGCUGUUACCUUCACUGCAGAGUACAUGGCGAAGAUGAAGAAGAAGAAGAACUGGAGCCGUGUGUGUGAAAGGACCACACACACCCGCUGUGACCUCACAGGUUCUGAUCUGCACUACCUGGGAAUGUACGUGCUCCGAGUCCGAGCCAGCGCAGACGGAGUCAACUCACACUGGGUCUACAAGGACUUCUGCCCUGAUAUAGAUGCUUCUUUGGGCCCACCGUCCAGGGUGGAGCUGGCUCCUGUGAAGAACCUGCUGGAUGUGACCAUCUCUGAUCCCCUGACCAGCACCCAGGGCUCCAUGAAGGAACACGUCCCCUUCCUGGACUACCGCAUCCUGUACUGGAGCCGCUCUGAUGACCCUCAGGGUCUGAAGCCUAAAGUGGUGGACUCUAGCAAUAACCUGGUGACGCUGCCUGAGCUGGAGGCCUGGACGUGGUACUGUGUCAUGAUCCAGUCUCGCUAUGACUACUACAACAAGACUAGCAGCUACACAGAACCCCAGUGCAGGCAGACAGAGGGUGACACCCCGUACUGGCAGAUCUUCCUAUACUUCCUGGUCUCCAUGAUGCUGUGUUUCCUGCUCGUGUUGCUUCCCUCCUACGCCUUCUUCAGGUUCUACAGAGUCCUCAAAAACACCUUUUACCCCUCUAUCCAGCUGCCUGCACACAUCCAGGAGUACCUCUGUGACUCCUCCCCCGGCUCCGACAUGCCCCGCCUCCUCACUGCUGAUUCAGAGGCGGAGCUGUGCUGUGAUAAGCUGACCAUCUGUCCUGAGGUGUUGCUCCUGGACAUACAUGUCCCUCCUCCUCUCACAGCGCCCCCCUCAGAGCUGGAGCAGGACAGCGGCAGGCACAUCCGCCAGGACAGCGGAGACUCUGGGAUCUACUCCACAGAGGGAGGCUCCGCCCAGCAGGGUCGUAGUGGUGGGGAGCCAAUCAGGAGAGACCAGGAAGUGGACUCCUGGCAGACACUGGAGCAGGUCAAGAUGGAGGCGAUGGGGAGAGAGUCGGCCGACGAAAGAGAUCUGGACGAGGGGGUUGUGGAUGUGUGCGUCUGAAGAGAAAUGGAGAGCUGGGUGGAAAGACUUCUUGAAAGUCCAAUACCUUAAACGUGUCUGACAUGCAAAACAUUUUGGGACCGUAUCAUCAGUGGACUAAUGAAUCCCAUGUUGCUGUGUGUUUUAAGGGUGUAGAAACAAGCUUAAAAGUGUCAGAUUUGGUAUGGGGGGCCCAUUGACUUCAAGAUGUCUAAAAGACCCCAGUCCAUCUUUCGUUUCUGUGGCCAGUGUAAUGACUGACAUGUUUUAGUGUAUUUUGGAACACGUUUAUCUCAUCUCAGACUGGGCUGGUCACAGCCAAGGGCGUGCUUUCUGUUUCCAGUGAAUUCUGAGACCGUUGGUCCAUUAGCAUCCUGUGAAGUGUGUGUGAAUCCAGGGGGAAACACGGUAGCUAGUUUGUGUUUAAACAACAGGGUGUCAGUUUUAACCAUUUCAAUUGCACAAAUCAACCUAUUUUCCAGUCAAGACAUUUUCUUGAAAAGGAAUGAUUCUGGUUAAUUUAUCAUCUAAACAAACCCUGUCGUGUGUCUGUCCUGUGUGUGUGUGUGUGUGUGUGUGCCUUGGAUAGAUAAGAGUACAUUGGCAGCAGUGCAUUUGGUGUGUGUGUGUUGUCAGUGUAAGUACUGCAUGUCUGAGAGUCCUGUGUGUACAUAGUCAAUGCACGUAGUCCGGGUAACCAUUUGAAGAGCUAUUUAGCGGUCUUGUUUAGCAGUCUUAAGGCUUGUUGGUUCCAGACGUGGUUGCUCGAGCAUAUCACAAUUUUUGGGGCCUUCCUCUUGACACCGCCUGGUAUAGUGGUCCUGGAUAGCAGGGAGCUCUGCCCGGGUGAUGUACUGGGCUGUAAUCCGUGGUGGUUUGCUAACCCUGCCACAUCUGAGUGACUGUUGUUUUUAAUUUUUUUUAUUAUCUUACUUUUAGAAACCUUUUAAUUAGUUUGUCCUUUUAUGAUUCUUAUAGAAUCUGACAUCAGGAAGUGUCAUGUUUUCUCUCUGAUACCUUAUUAUUAUUUGACUUCAUCUUUGUUUUGAUAGGUGCUUUGGUCCGACUGUUACUGGUUGGAUCCCUGAAGGUCUAUGUUUAUUGAUGUCUCUUCCUCUUUCUGAUGGUUUGCUCUCUGAGGUGGAACAACUUCCACCUAGAGCAGGGCUGCCCAGCCCUCUUCCUGGAGAUCUACUGUCCUGUAGGUUUUCAGUCCAACCCUAAUUUAACAUAUCUGAUUCAGCUAGUUAAGGUCUUGUUGAGCAGCAAAUUAGUAGAAUCAGGUGUGUUUAAAUUAGUGUUGGACUGAAAAUCCACAGGACGGUAGAUCUCCAGGAAGAGGGUUGGGCAGCCCUGGUCUAGAGGUUUUUUACAACAUUUUGUCAAAGUUAAACAAGGAAAUAAUCUGCAUAAUUUGGAUAAUAGUGACAUGAAACAAAAUGCAUCAACCAAUAACCAUACCUUGCAUUUGUCAAAGCCUCAUAACCACAGCCAAUGCAAAUGUUUAUCGUCUAUGCUUUAUACCUAGCUGACGUCUGACGCAGCGUUAUAAUUACCUACUGUGAGUUAAGUAGUUCUGGUGAAUAGUGUUCCCAAAAAAUUGUCGCAUUUAUAUCGUUGGGCAUGCUGUACAAUGCUGAACACGCUGUACAAUACUGCUUCCAAAUAGAGUUGAAUUCAUAUUAAAGAAAGUAUCUCAUCUCGUA